AUGGAGGAGAAUCGUGCGAUCUUGGACUCUCUCGGUAAGGCUCCCUGUUAGAUCAUGUUAUCUGUUUGUAAUUUAAGACAUCUCUCCAUGUGACGAACCUCUGAUAUUUCGAUGGCGCUCAACAGCGCCACCCACAGCACCUGGGAUGCUAACACUCCCACAGCAAACCUUGGAUGGACGGCUAUUGAUUGUUUCCCUGUGAAUAUUCUUCCUUCUAUUCUGCCUUUGUGAAACAUGUACAGGCUCCUCUGAACUGCCCAGGCCUUCUUAAAUGUAGGCUUCAGAGUGAUUUGGGGUGUUGAAGUGGGUUCUGUCAGGGUUUUUGUUUCUGUUCUUGCUUCUUUCUGUCUUUGGUUGACCAAAGAUAGGAUCAUAGAAUCCUAGAGUUGGAAGAGACCACAAGGGCCAUCGAGUCCAACCCCCUGCCAAGAAGGAAACACCAUCAGAGCACACCUGACAUAUGGUUGUCAAGCCUCUGCUUAAAGACCUCCAAAGAAGGAGACUCCACCACACUCCUUGGCAGCAAAUUCCACUGUCAAACAGCUCUUACUGUCAGGAAGUUCUUCCUAAUGUUUAGGUGGAAUCUUCUUUCUUGUAGUUUGGAUCCAUUGCUCCGUGUCCGCUUCUCUGGAGCAGCAGAAAACAACCUUUCUCCCUCCUCUAUGUGACAUCCUUUUAUAUAUUUGAACAUGGCUAUCAUAUCACCCCUUAACCUCCUCUUCUCCAGGCUAAACAUGCCCAGCUCCCUUAGCCGUUCCUCAUAAGGCAUCGUUUCCAGGCCUUUGACCAUUUUGGUUGCCCUCCUCUGGACACGUUCCAGUUUGUCAGUGUCCUUCUUGAACUGUGGUGCCCAGAACUGGACACAGUACUUCAGGUGAGGUCUGACCAGAGCAGAAUACAGUGGCACUAUUACUUCCCUUGAUCUAGAUGCUAUACUCCUAUUGAUGCAGCCCAGAAUUGCAUUGGCUUUUUUAGCUGCCGCAUCACACUGUUGGCUCAUGUCAAGUUUGUGGUCAACCAAGACUCCUAGAUCCUUUUCACAUGUACUGCUCUCAAGCAGGAUUGGCAUUGGAGUUGGCAAAGUUUCCGUGAUUGGGCCUAAUAAAAUCCAUCCCAAAAAGGAGCCAGGCUUUUUGAAUCUCAGGCAGUGAACCUGUAGGAAGACCUCCCAUCUUCUCAGUCAUGGCAGCUAAAAGUAAAGGAAAAUGACUCCUGGACUGUUAAGUCCAGUCAAAGGCGACUAUGGGUUGCGGCGCUCAUCUCACUUUCAGGCCGAGGGAACUGGUGUUUGUCCACAGACAGCUUUCCGGGUCAUGUGGUCAGCAGGACUAAACCACUUCUGGUGCAACAGAAUCUGGAAUAAUUUAUUGCUCAGAGACAUCGGGUCCGGCAGGCUUUUGCUGCGCACACAUUCUGAGCUGCUUAACCCUGUGAUGUCAAGGACAUCUAGGACUACACAAAUAUUAGAAGACUGAAGGCAGCCCUGUAUCAGGAAGUUUUUGAUUCUUGAUGUUUUACUAUGCUUUUAUAUAUGCUCUAAGCUGCCCAGAGUGACUGGGGAAAGCCAGCCAGAUGGGUGGGGUGUAAAUAAUAACAUUACUAUUACUGUUACUACUAUUAUUAUAUAAUUCCCUUCAGUUCUUUCUCUUUCACAAGCAUUAAUUGGCAUUACUCCGUUAGUUGGGGCUGCAUUUAUUCCUAAGGCUCUAAUCUGUUUGUCGCUCAGUUGCAGGUGAUGAUGAAUUGGAGGAGCCAUAUCCAUAUUCAGAGUGUGGAGAGAGCUUCAGUCAGUGCUUGGAAUGUGGAAAGAACUUCAGUCGGAACGCCCGUCUCUUUGUGCAUCACAGAAUUCACACUGGGGAGAAACCAUAUCAGUGCCAAGAGUGCUUCAAAAAAAGGGUCAGUGUCACUUCUCAUCAGAGAAUUCAUUCAGGGGGGAAAUCCUGUCAGUGCCUGGAAUGUGGAAGGAGCUUCAGUCACAGCCACCAGUUACUGUAUUUUCCAUUCCAUAAGAUGCACUUUUUUCCUCUCAAGAAUUAAGGGGAAAUGUCUGUGUGUCUUAUGGAGCGAUUGUGUGGUCCCUGGCAGAGGCGGAGCUGGGGACUUUGGUUCCCGCAGGGGCGUGGGUGUGGCGCGCUGCCUGUGUGAGCGUCCUAAUGGCGGUGCCCGUGCGAGGGGGUGGGGAGAGACGAGGCGGGGGAAGAGGGCUUGAGAACACUCUUUAGAGUUCCCUCCGUCCGAGGGGCUCUGUGACUUGCAUGGGAGCAGCCAGGAGCCAGCGCAGAGGGCGCUCUUUCUCCCUCGCGCGCUCUGUCAAAUUGGGACGGGGAGCUCCUGCCAAGCAAUAUAUUCGCCUCUUCCCCUGAGGCUUAGCUGCCAGAUGCCCAUGUGUGUCUGAAGGCUCUGAGGGAGGCGUUGCCCCGAAGUAGAGGAAACAGGUCUCUCUAUCCCUUGGAUGAGCAAGCAAGGCUGGCCGGCAACACUUUUGGGUUUUGCUUGCAAGGCGAGGCGGCAACCUUCACUUUUGUUCUGUUUUUGUUUUGCAUUUUUAUGUUGUGAUCUUCGGAUGGAGGGCAAUAUACAAAUUAACAACCACAACGCCUGAUCUAGACAAGAGCUCUCUUGCUCGCUCUCUCCACCCUGCUCCCCUGGCCUCCACUCUUCCGGGGAGCGGAUGUACCGUAGUUGCAGCAGGAGUUUGCUGCGUCUUAAUGCCAGGCCAGAGAGAGAGAGAGAGAGAGAGAGAGAGAGAGAGAGGGAGAGGUACUACCGCCAGAGUCGAGUAAUGAUUGAGCAAGCAUUGCCCAGGGAGAUGGAUGUUGCGGCUGCAGAAUGAGGCUCAUUGAAAAGAGCGGCGGCAGCUGUUGGUGCAGCGGCUGGGAAAGCUGAUGAGUUCAGUUUCGUCUCUGCUGCUGCGUUUGGAGGCAGGCUGACUGAGCUGCAGGCGCUGUCCCAUUGCCAAGGCUCCAGCGGGAGAAGGAAGGGAGGCCGUUCACAGGCGGUGGGAACGAGCUUGCAAGCACGGGCUCUCGCACGAGCGUCAUCCCAAUGGGGCGGCCUAUCGGGUCUGUCUGGCAGCGUGUUGCUUUCCCACUCGUCGCCUAGCAACUGGUCUCGCCAGGACAGCAGUGCCUUCCUUUACCUUACCGAUACUCCUUCAAGAUAAAAAAAUGCUAUCUCACGAUGUGCAGAGCUGAGCCUGCCGAUUAGUGGGGUGGGCUGAGCAUGCUUUCCUGCUGUCUCCUGGCCCACGCACUGAAUCCCUCCUGAGUUCAGUGGACACCCUUUGCCAUGCCUGACAUGAUAAGUCUCUCAGCCAACAUGUUCAGACCAACUACAUGCCAGUUGUUUAACCUCAAACCUAUUUUAAUAUGGGUUUUACUGAGAAGAGGUUUCUUAAUAUAAGAAAAUGAGAAAAUAUUCAUUCUAUUUAAAUAUAUUUCACAAUACGAAUGCGAUAUAUCAAUCUCCAUUUCAGAUUUUAUUUGAAUUGCCAAUUUUCUACAUGAAAAUUUAUUCUUUUGGCGAUACAAUUUACAAAUAAGCUCAUAUAUUUCAGCAAAAAGUUUUGAAUGUCUGCCAUUUUUACUAACACAUUUUAAUAAGCUAGUCACUUUAUAUUUCUGAAGUCUCUUACAAGCGAUUACUUUCUAAUUUUACAAUUUAAAAAUAAAACGCUCAUAAAUAGUGAAAAUGAUAUAGUAUUUUAUCAAAGAAAAAUAUAUAAAGGAAUAAUUUAGUAAAUAAUAUAUAAUUAAUCAUAUGGGUUUAUGCUAUAAUAUCAAUAAACUUUUAGGGUGAUAACUUUUUUUUUUUUACAGACAGUAUGUUGGCUAUGUUUAAUAUGGGCAGCGCUCAGUGGUAAACAUUGGAGAUACAUUACUGACAGUUCCUUCAUCUCUGUAUUUUCUUGCAGAAAACCUCCCGCUUUCUACAUACAAGCAUGAUAAAGCAGAAAAGACUAGCAUAUAGGAUUCCUUUUAAACUACAGGUAGUGAAAUAUGCUAAGGAGCAUGGAAACAGAGCAGCGGAGAGACAUUUUGGGCCACCUCCAACCGAAAAAAUGAUAAGAGGUUGGAGGAAACAGGAGGAUCAGCUGCAAAAAGCAGAUAAAAGUAAGCACACUUUUCGUGGAAAUGCUGCAAAGUGGCCACAGAUGGACAUUGCCAUGAAAGAAUGGAUCACAUAUCACCAGAAUAACGGCUUCCCAGUCUCUACAAAAAUGAUAAUAUGCGAAGCCAAACGCAUUGCUGUAGAGAAAGGCAUUCACGAUUUUACUGGAUCACCAUCAUGGUGCUACAGAUUUAUGAAGCGAUGUGGCCUUGCUAUGCGCACCAAAACUAGAGUUGUGCAAAAAAUGCCAGAAGAAUAUGAAUCUAAGAUUCUGUCUUUUCAUAAAUUUGUAAUUGAUGCUAGGAAGAAAAAUGGGUUUGAAAAUGGCCAGAUUGGGAAUAUGGAUGAAGUUCCACUAACCUUUGAUGUGCCAUCUAAUAGGGCUGUUAAUCUGAAAGGUGCCAAACCUAUCGCUGUGAAAACCUCUGGACAGGAGAAAACCCAUUACACGGUUGUGUUGUCUUGCUGUGCAGACGGCACCAAAUUGCCACCCAUGCUAAUUUUCAAAAGGAAAACAUUUCCAAAAGAAGUGAUUCGAAGAGGAGUUGUUGUACAUGUUCAUGAGAAAGGAUUGAUGGACGAAAAUGGAAUGAGAGUAUGGGUUGAAAAAGUGUGGUCCAAACGUCCUGGAGGGCUUUUGAAAAAACCUGCCUUAUUAGUACUUGACCAGUUUAGAGCCCAUAUUAGCAAAACAAAAAAGUGCUUUGAAGAAGUGAAGACUCAUCUAGCUGUAAUUCCUGGAGGUCUUACCAGCCGGUUGCAACCUCUCGGCGGUUCCAUCAACAAGUCAUUUAAGGUCUUUAUGCGAGAAGAGUGGAACAAAUGGAUGGCUGCUGGUAAUCAUGAUCUGACGCCUAGUGGACAAAUGAAGAGGCCCACUAUCACUCAAGUUUGUGAAUGGGUGAAAACAUCGUGGCACGCAGUGAAGGAGGAAACCAUUGUCCAGUCAUUCAAAAAAUGUGGCAUUAACAAUGCUUUGGAUGGAAGCAAAGAUGGUCUUUUAUAUGAAGAUAGCAAAGAAAGUGAUGUCGGUGGUUAUGAGCGACUGAGCUUCCUAAAUUCUGACUCUAGCAAUGAUGAGUUCUUGGGGUUCACAGAAGACUAG